GUAUUGGAAUAUAAUGUUCCGAAAGGAGGAAGACGAAGAUCAAUAUCACUUGUUGUUGCAUAUAAAUUGUUGGCAUCUCAAGAUCAAUUAACAGAAGAAAAUAUUCGUUUAGCCCGUAUUCUAGCUUGGUGUAUGGAAAUAUUGCAAGCAGUUUACAUAGUGAUGGACGAUAUUGUAGAUCAUACAGACAUGCGACGAAAUCAACCAACUUGGCAUGUAAAAAUUGGAUUAUCUGCAGUUAAUGAUAUUUUACUUAUGGAAACAUGUAUAUAUGAUCUUGUUAAGAAAUAUUUUAAAUCGAAAGAUUGUUUUGAAGAUAUUUUAAAUUUAUUCUCAAAAUAUCACAAAAAAACAGUGCAAGGUGAAUGUCUAGAUAUAUUGAUAUCAACAGAUUGGGAGAAGAAAUCGAAUUUUGAUCUUUUUUCUAUGGACCAAUACGAUACUAUAGUAAAAUAUAAAACAUCUUAUUAUUCAUUUGUACUUCCAUUCACUCUUGCUAUGCGUUUCGCUGGAAUAACUGAAUCAGAAAUAUAUAAGCAAGCAGAAAAUAUUCUGCUAAAAAUAGGGCAUCUUUUCCAAGUACGAGAUGAUUAUUUAGAUUGUUAUGGUAAGCGCGAAGUUAUAGGAAAAAGUGGAACUGACAUACAAGAAGGAAAAUGUUCAUGGCCCAUUGUGGUUGCUUUGCAACGAGCUACAACCGAACAAAAGAAAAUUUUGAAAGAAUGUUAUGGAGUAGCUGAUGAAGAAAAAAUAAAACGUGUGAAACAAAUUUAUGAAGAGAUAGGUGUAUCAAAUAUCUAUUCUGAUUACGAAGAAGAAACGCAUAAUUUAUUGAAUGCAUAUAUACAGCAAUUAUCUUCGAAACUUCCAACUGAAUAUUUUUCAUACUUACUCGCUACAUCAUGUAGUAAAGUAGGACGAAAAGAUUAAUUAAAAAUAAUAAAUUAA